AUCGAAACAAAAGUGAAAGUCCGCAAUGUGUCCAGGGUCCGGCUCUGUCACGAAUCUUGCAUCCCUACAGCAAUUUGAACAUUAUUAAAUUGUCGAAUCGACUCGGGACACGUAUUAUGCUUCGACUUCUUUGGACAAAUACCAUUGAGCAGUUUCAUCACCAGUACUAUCAUAUGUCCAGAAUGUCCACUUCGGUGGAGUAUAAAACAGACAGUACCAACAAUUGAUUGCCAACAACCUCUCUACAAGUGAAAUCAACUCACCAUCAUGUUUAUCCACCUCUCUACUGCUUUCGUUGUUCUCCUCGGCCUGACGGCCCUUGUCAACGCUGGAGUGCCAGCUGCUCGCCACGCUGCUCCCAUUGACAAGCGUAGCACUGUCGUGACGACCCGAACCAAUUAUUUAGCACUUGCGCGCGAAGAAUCUCCAGAACCGGACCCAGGCAAGAAGCCAGUAGUAACUGGGCGUGAAGAGUCCCCAGAACCGGACCCAGGAAAGAAGCCAGUAGUAACUGGGCGUGUAAGCUUUAUUUCACACCAAAUAGGCUGAUCAUGUUAAACUCACCAUACGAUGUAUGCAGGAGGAGUCUCCAGAACCGGACCCAGGCAAGAAGCCAGUAGUAAUUGGGCGUGAAGAGUCUCCAGAGCCGGACCCAGGCAAGAAGCCAG